AUGAAGCUUAUUGACUACAUAAUAAUCAUCAGCUUAUCUUCUUCAUUCGUCAAUCUGAAGAACUUGAAAUCACUGAGCUGCUCAUCUUCAUUGAACAAAACUUGUAAAUACAAUGAAUUUUGUGAUCCACAUGAAAAAAUUUGCAAAAUCUUUAAUGCAUGUAUAGGAGACGGUUCUUGUGAAACUGAUGAAUAUUGUGACUCACAAAAGAGAACUUGCAUUAAAGGCUGCAGAGAUGAUUAUUCUUGUAAUGAGGAUGAAUAUUGUGAUAGAUUAAAUGAUCAAUUAUGCAAAAAAGGAUGUCGUGAAUGGUCAAUAAAAUGCAAGCAUGGAGAAUUUUGCAGUUCCGAAAGUCAUCAAUGUGUGAAAGGCUGUAAACAUGACACACAUUGUGAAUCAAAUGAAGUAUGCAACUUAAAAAACAAUAAAUGUUAUUCUUAUUGCUAUAAAUCUCCAUGUGGAAAUAACUCAGUUUGUACAAUCGUUGAUCACAAUCGUCAUUGUUCGUGUAUGACUGGAUAUUCUCCAUUAACUGGUUUUGGAUGUAAACUCAAUGGUCAAAGUGAUUCUACUGUAAAUGUUGAUUCUGAAACUCUUGAUUGUCAAAAAUAUUGUGGACCGCAAAGUAUGUGUGCCAUAGAGAACAACAAAAUUACAUGCUAUUGCUCAUAUGAUAUUGGAAAAAAUCCGUUCAUUGAUUGUAGUUUCGUGCUACCACAUCCUCCAAUUCCAAUAGGACCUGGCUGUAUUGCUGUUCUAUGUGGCUGAGUUAAGAUGCUGAAUUUGAUCAUUCAUUUAUGACUCUUUUCAUUUAAUUGAACAACAUA